AUGACGAUAAACAGUGAUACAGAGCGGAAGCUCGCUCGGGCGCUGCUGAUGGAGUUGAUGGUGUACCAGUUCGCCUCCCCUGUGCGAUGGAUCGAAACACAAGAGAUCAUUCUGUCUCGGACGGAAAGCGAGCGCAUUAUUGAGGUCGGUCCCAGCGCAACCUUGCUGGGAAUGCUUCGCAAAACCAUCGACACCAUCUAUCCAACCAAAGAAUGCACUUUACCAGCUCCACGCCAGCUCCUCCACUCCGAAAAAGACACAGACGAGAUAUACUACACCGCGAAACCAGAUCAGCUCAAUACAGUCCAGACACAGACGCACGCAGAAACACAGAUAUCACCACCAACCACAGAGGCAGUGCUACCAAGCCCCACAGUAACUGUGGAGGUAACAACAACAGCCCUACCCUCCCCAAAGGUCAACGUUCAAGUCACCAACAUCGAGGAUCAAAGCAUCCAGGCGCAGGAUGUUGUGUUCGCCAUUGUUGCCAGAGCGCUGAAGCGAGCGGCAGCUGAAAUUGACGGGAGCAAGUCUAUCAAGGCCCUGGCAGAAGGCAGGUCAACCUUAGAAAAUGAAAUCAUCGGCGACCUACAUAGCGAAUUUGGCUCGUUGCCGGACCGUGCUGAAGACUUAGCACUCGCCCAGGUUGGGCCAGAGAUCCAGUCGAGCCAUGAAGGCACCCUGGGCAAAGUCACCACUGCCAUGAUCAAUACCUUAUUUACCACCAAAAUGCCCAGUAGCUUCACCGUCGCCACUGCUCGAGAGCAGCUGCGCGCCCACUGGGGACUUCAAUCGGGUCGACAAGACGCCUGCUUACUCUGCGCUGUCACCAUGCAACCCACCAGCCGGAUCACAACUGAAGCAGAUGCCCGUGACUUUAUUUCGCACGCCGUCGAGGUAUAUGCGAAACGUGAAGGGCUCACCCUUCUCCCACCCGACGCAUCGAAUGCUGGUGGCGCGACCACUGGAGUCACGGUGGAUCCGGAAGCGGUCCGGGCCCUGACUGAGUCCCAAGAUGCCUUAUCGAAGCGCUUGCUUGAAAUCUACGCCGCCCAUUUGGGGGUGGAUCUGAAGGCGGACCGACAGGCGUUGGACAGCCUGCGCAACGAGCUGGCCACUGGACUCCAAGCCGACCUUGAUCUCUGGCAGGCAGAGCAUGGCUCAGACUACGCCCAGGGUAUUCGACCACGCUUUGAUGUCAAAAAGAUCCGGAGCUAUGAUUCAUCGUGGAAUUGGGCACGCCAAAGUCUGCUGGAGCUGUUCGAUCUUACAUCAACCGUCACAGACCCCAGCAUGCUAGAUCGGGAUUCGGUAGUGAAGAGCUGCUAUCACAUCGCCAACGCAGCGGACAAGACCAUCUUGCCGGUGAUGGAUGAGAUGAUUUCCCAAUUACAAGAUCGCACCCAGUUGCGACCGAUCUUUCUCACACUGAGAGACAAUUGCACGGAUAGCUUGCUGUCGGGGCCGGCAUUCAAAUGUGCUCCCCGGCAACUGGCGCCAGUUACAAUCAUCGACGACCAAGGGAACAUGCGGUUUCAGGAACAACCCCGGAAAGACUCAUCACGCUUUGCCGACCUUGCCAUGCCAAGAUCGGGACCGGCCAAAAACCCCCUAGUCACAACCGAACCGUACCUCCAUCUGAAAAAGCGAUCAGCGUCAGGAUGGGAGUAUUCAGAGGAGCUCACCCGUCAUCUUUACCAGGUUUUCCAUGAAGUGGAAACGCAAGGUGAUUCGCUGAGUAGCCAAACGGUGUUGAUCACAGGCGCUGGAAUCGGGUCCAUCGGAGCUGCCAUGGUUGUGCAUUUCCUCCAAGGAGGAGCACGAGUGCUUGUGACGACCUCAUCCAUGUCUCCGGAGGUAGCGCGCAAGUAUCAAACCUUGUAUAUGGAGCACGGAGCCCGAGGCUCAGAGUUGGUGGUCGUACCCUUCAACCAGGGCAGUACCAAGGACAUUGCCGCCCUAGUGGAAUACGUGUAUGAUGAGAAAAACGGGCUCGGAUGGGACUUGGACUACCUCAUCCCCUUCGCGGCUAUCAGCGAGGCCGGACGAACCCUAGACGCGAUCGACUCCAAAUCGGAGCUUGCGCAUCGCAUUAUGCUGACCAACCUGUUGCGAUUGCUGGGGACCGUGAAGACAUGUAAAGAGAACCAUGGCCAUCGGUCGCAUCCCACUCAGGUUGUGUUACCGCUGUCCCCAAAUCACGGCACAUUUGGCGGGGAUGGUCUCUAUAGUGAAUCGAAGCUGGCCCUGGAAACGCUCUUCAAUCGCUGGCAUUCAGAGAACUGGCAGGACUACCUCUCCAUCUGCGGCGCCGUCAUCGGUUGGACCCGUGGUACGGGACUGAUGAAUCAGAAUGAUCUCGUGGCCGAGGGGAUCGAAAACGCCGGUAUACGCACCUUUUCUCAGGAGGAGAUGGCAUAUGCAUUGGUUUGCCUAUGUGUCGGCGCAAUGUACGACCUCUGCCAGGAGGCUCCGGUCUAUGCCGACCUGACCGGCGGUAUGGCCCAAGUCCCUAACCUGCCAGAAUCGCUAGGCCAGCUGCGCCGCGAGCUCAAGGAGCGCAGCGAAAUCCAAUCCGCCCUAUUCCAGGAGCAGACAAUCGAGGCCGAGUGGUCGAACACAACAGGGCAAGCAGUACCUGUGCCCGAGCUAGAACAGAGAGCCCACGUCCGGCAGGACUUCCCUCAGGUCCUACAGUAUGAGCGCGACAUCGCACCUCUCAGCGCGGACAUGCAGGGGAUGGUGGACUUGCAGCGAACAGUCGUGGUCACGGGCUUUUCAGAACUAGGACCGCAUGGCAAUGCCCGCACACGAUGGGAAAUGGAAUCCCAGGGGCAUUUUUCCCUAGAGGGCGCUGUUGAAAUGGCGUGGAUGAUGGGUUUCAUCCGUCAUUUCUCCGGUACUAUUGAAGGCCGGCCGUACUCCGGCUGGGUCGACACCAAAACCAAACAGCCAGUGGCCGACACGGAGAUCAAGCCAAUAUACGAGGAGAGGAUCCUAGCUCAUUCAGGCAUUCGCUUUAUUGAGCCUGAGCUUUGUGACGGCUACGACCCCAACAAAAAGCAGUUUCUCCAUGAGAUCGUUCUGCAGGCGGAUCUUGCUCCCCUCUGCGUGCCCGAAUCGCUGGCCGAGCAGAUGCGUCGAGAGCAUGGCGAAUUUGUAACGUUGCAAAAGUCGUCAACUCCAGACCUAUACCAAGUGCAGCUGCGCAAGGGAGCCCGGCUAUUCGUUCCCCGUGCUAUGCAAUUCGACCGUACCGUGGCCGGCCUAGUCCCCACCGGCUGGGAUCCCCGUAUCUACGGCCUUCCCGAGCAAGUCAUCUCCGACGUAGAUCGGUUAACAUUGUUCACGCUAGUGUGUACUGUAGAGGCGUUGCUAUCGUCCGGCAUCACUGAUCCGUAUGAGCUCUAUCAGUACAUUCACGUCUCCGAGGUGGGCAAUUGCAUUGGCUCUGGCAUGGGAGGUAGUACCUCUCUGGGCAAGAUGUUUAGCGGCCGAUUGACCGGGCAGGAAGUCCAAAGUGACAUCCUACAAGAGACGUUUGUGAAUACUAUCAGUGCCUGGGUCAAUAUGCUCUUGCUAUCGGCUAGUGGGCCCAUCCGAACCCCUGUUGGAGCCUGUGCGACCGCUGUGGAGUCCCUAGAACUGGGCUUCGACACUAUCGUGGCUGGGAAAGCCAAAUUCUGCCUAGUGGGAGGGUGCGAUGACUUCACAUCAGAGACCUCAUAUGAGUUUGCUAGCAUGAAGGCGACCACCAAUUCCCUCGACGAGACAGCGCGAGGGAGAGCGCCUAGCGAAAUGUCACGGCCAACCACCAGUACGCGUAAUGGUUUUAUGGAAUCACAAGGCUGCGGUUUGCAGGUCUUGACUACCGCCGACUUGGCGCUGAAGAUGGGGCUCCCGAUCCGCGGCAUUGUUGCUUUUGUGAGCACCUCAAGUGAUAAGGCUGGCCGCUCUGUCCCAGCCCCUGGACAGGGUGUUCUAGUCAACGCGAGACGCACAACGUCGGCGUCAAACAUUCCUUCUCCUUUGCUGAAGAUGAGCAAUCGCCGACGUCGCCUCGACUUCCGACUUAGGCAGAUCGCCGAGGCCCGCGCAGUUGCCUUCAGUCAGCUAGAUUUCGAAGUGGAUGUCGUCUUAGAACAAGACCCAGGUGUUGAUGUGGCCAAGUAUCGCCAAGAACGCCACGAGCAGAUUCUAGUAGACUUCCUCCAAGAAGAGCGAGAUGCUCAGUAUUCGCUAGGUAAUGACUUCUGGCGUCAUGAUCCAUCUAUCGCGCCACUAACUGGGGCUCUCGCGACCUGGUGCCUGACCAUCGACGACCUGCAGGUGGCUUCCUUCCAUGGCACGUCAACCGUGAUGAAUGAUAAAAAUGAAUCCAGCGUCCUCCAACAGCAGCUGACAGCACUGGGUCGGCGCAAGGGCAAUCUGCUCCUGAGUGUCUUCCAGAAAUACCUGACUGGUCAUUCCAAGGGUGCUGCCGGUGCGUGGAUGGUUAACGGGGCGUUGCAGAUGCUGGAUUCCGGCUUGGUGCCAGGCAAUCGGAAUGCCGAUAACAUUGACUCGGCUCUGCAGCAAUUUGACCUGAUUGCCUAUCUGAAUCGGCCAGUGCACGUGCCCGAUCUCAAAGCUGUGUCGAUCACCUCAUUUGGCUUCGGGCAGAAAGGCGCGCAGGCCAUCUGCGUGCAUCCCCGGCAUGUCUUUGCCACUUUGACGCGAGAUGAAUAUGAGGCGUAUCUGGUUCGUCGCAUGGCGCGUCAGCGGAGCACCGAUUCAUAUUUCUACGAGGGGAUGAGCUCUAAUUCAUUAUUCCGAGCCAAAACAGCGCCCCCAUUCCCGGCCUCUAAAGAGAAUGAAACAUACCUCAACGCGUCCGCUCGUUUUUCGUUAUGA